UUUUUUUUUUUAAUACGGUAAGAGACAUAUCUGAUUCUGAUGUUAGUGUUACAGUAAAGUGAAUACAAGUGCGGGAAAGGGGAGUAUGGUGUCACAAACAGUUGAGCUCCUCAAGAAUGAGAUUCCUCUGGAGCAGGAGUCAGUGCUAUUAACCGAAGCCACUGUCAAUGGUCUUGUUCUUGUGGACAUCAUAAAUGGAUUCUGUACUGUUGGUUCUGGAAAUUUGGCUCCAAGAGAAGCCAACAGACAGAUAUCAGGGAUGAUCAAUGAAUCAGAAAGGCUAGCAAGAUUGUUCUGUGACAAGAAAUUGCCAGUCAUGGCUUUCCUGGAUUCUCACCACCCUAACAAGUCAGAGGACCCUUAUCCUCCUCACUGUAUUGUUGGAACUGACGAAUCAAAUCUUGUUCCAGUUUUAAGAUGGUUAGAGAAUGAAAGCAACGUUACAAUCAGACGAAAGGAUUGUUUCGACGGAUACUUGGGGUCGAUUGAAGAAGACGGUUCCAAUGUUUUUGUAGAUUGGGUGAAGAAAAAUAAGAUCAACACACUGGUGGUGCUAGGCGUAUGCACAGAUAUCUGCGUGUUGGAUUUCGUGUGCUCAACCAUGUCUGCUAAAAACCGCGGCUUUCUGGAGCCUCUAGAGAGCGUGGUGGUGUAUUCGCGUGGCUGCGCAACCUUUGAUAUCCCACUUGAAGUAGCCCAUGACACCAAAGGAACUCUAGCUCAUCCUCAGGAGUUUAUGCAUCACGUGGGUCUGUAUAUGGCCAAAGAAAGGGGAGCCAGGAUAGCAAACCAGCUGCUGUUUGGUGUGGCAGAGAAGAUAUGAUUUGGUGUGUGCCUUUUCCUCAAUAAAAAUCUCAAAUACACUUAUCUAAGGUUGGUGAGAUUUAUAAAAACAUGUAAUGUAAUUUAAGCAGUAUGAAGUUGAGUCAGGAAGCUCCCCUAAGGUUGAGAUGUAAAAUAUGUUGGCAGUAUCUUUUCUGAGACCUUUUGUUGUGAAAUCAAAUAAAUUUCUGUAAAAUAAUGAAAUGAGAAGGCUUCUCAAUUGUCA